AUGUGUGCCGCUGUACAUACAGUCACUGCUUCAAAUGCUCGCAUUCUAUCAUCUCUCAAAUCACCUCCAAAUGUUGUCGUAGUAGGUGGAACAUCGGGUAUUGGUCGAGCCAUGGCUAUUUCCAUUGCUAAACAUUGUCCUGCAGCUAAUGUUACCAUUAUUGGACGAAAUGAAGCUGCUGCCAAAGAGAUAGUCCCACAAUUAGGAGCGAAUGGCGAGUUUAUUCGUGCCGACGUAUCCCUAAUGACUGAAAUUCGAACCGCCGCACAGAAAAUCAAUGCCGUGGAUAUAUUAGUAUUAUCACAAGGAAUAUUAACCAUGGCUGGUCGUACACCAACAGCUGAAAAUCUUGAUAAUAAAUUAGCUUUACAUUACUAUGGUCGAGUUUUAUUCGUUCAAGAACUUCUUCCUCUACUUCGAUCAUCUCCCAAUGGAGGAAAAGUUCUAUUUGUAUUACAUUCUAACAGGGGUAAUCUAUCUAAAAUCAAUUGGAAUGAUAUGGCACUUGAAAAUUCAUAUUCAGUCUCAUCAGCUGCCAUUCAUGCCACAUCAUUUACUGAUCUAGUUAUACAACAUUUUGCCUCACAACCAGAAAAUGUGAAUAUUACAUUUACUCAUGCAUAUCCAGGUUUUGUUAAGACACCAUUAGUUGAUAAUUUACCAUUUGCUGCUCGAGUUGGAGCGAAACUUUUGAUGGCAGUUGGUAUUGGUAUUAGUCCAGAAGAUUGUGCAGAAUAUAUGGUGCAUGGAAUGCUUGGAACGGAGAAAGGUUACAGAUAUGUCGACAACAAAGGAGAAACAAUAACGAACAAAACGCCUGCCGAACCUGAAAUGAUAGAGAAAGUCUGGGAACAUACAUCUCAGAUGAUUUCUGCACGUUAA